GAUGAAUUUCAUCCCUUCAUCGAGGCACUUCUUCCUCACGUCCGUGCCAUUGCCUACACGUGGUUCAACCUCCAGGCCAGAAAACGCAAGUACUUCAAGAAGCAUGAGAAGCGGAUGUCCAAGGACGAGGAACGCGCGGUGAAGGACGAGCUUCUGAGCGAGAAGCCCGAAGUUAAGCAGAAAUGGGCAUCCAGGCUGCUGGCCAAGCUGCGUAAGGACAUCCGGCAGGAGUACCGGGAGGACUUUGUCCUCAGUGUGACGGGCAAGAAGCACCCGUGCUGUGUGCUAUCCAACCCGGACCAGAAGGGCAAGAUCCGCCGGAUUGACUGUUUGCGGCAGGCCGACAAAGUUUGGCGUCUGGACCUGGUGAUGGUCAUCCUCUUCAAAGGCAUCCCUCUGGAAAGUACAGAUGGCGAGCGCCUUGUCAAGUCUCCACAUUGCACCAACCCAGCACUUUGUGUCCAGCCACACCACAUAACAGUAUCGGUCAAGGAGCUGGACUUGUUUCUAGCAUACUAUGUCCAGGACCAAGACUCGCAGCAGUCAGGAAGUCCCAGUAACAAUGAGCCAGGCAAGAACCCUCUUCCAGUCUACUUGGAGGACAGCUUCAUCAAAUCAGGAGUCUUCAGUGUUGCAGAACUGGUGCGAGUGUCCAGAAUGCCCAUCACCCACGGUGCAGCAGUAAACUUCUCCAUGUCUGAUAUGCCCAGCCAACCCUACUACCACGACCUGAACUCCAGCAUGGGGCUGCAUCGCUCCCUGUCCUCCCCUCCCGGCAGCAAAAGGCCCAAAACUGUCAAUAUGGAGGAGAACAUGGACACUAGCCCAACAGGACCUGACUUCUACUCGUCACCCAGCUCACCAGCCAGCAGUCGGGCAAACUGGCACGAUAGAGAAGGAGACAUGUCCUCUCCUACCAUGAAGAAGCCAGAGAAGCCGCUGUUCAGCCCCACUUCUCCACAGGACUCCUCACCACGACUCAGCACUUUCCCUCAGCCUCAUCACCCCGGCCUAACAGGUGUAGGACACAGUGUUAUAUCGACAAGGAGCCCCCCUCCACACUCGCCCCUGCAGUUCUCAGCCUCGGCUAUCUUGCCCCCAGCGCCAUCGCCUUACUUCUCACACACCACCAUCCGCUACCCGCCCCACCUCAACCCUGCUGAUCCCCUCAAGAGCUACGUGCCGUCAUACGACCCGUCCAGCCCACAGAGCAGCCAGCCUAACAGCAGUGGUCAGGUAGUAGGAAAGGUUCCGGGCCACUUCACCCCAGUCCUGGCUCCCUCCCCACACCACAGCGCUGUGCGACCUGUCUCGCUCUCCAUGCCAGACACCAAGCCCAUCACCACAUCCACAGAAGGCUACUCAGCCCCUGGCACCCCGACGGCUAAUCGUUUUGUAGGCCUGAGCCCUAGAGAUCCCACCUUCCUCCACCAGCAACAGUCCUGGUACCUGGGCGAGCUUAGUUCCAUUCCAAGUGUCGAACGGGACUCCGAUUCUGCCAACAAAUGUCCACCAGAACUACAGCAUAAACAUCAUUGGUGAGCCCCUGGUCCCAGCUGAGACGGGGAACUGAACACACAGAGGCCGGAUGACCCCCAGGGUGAAUGGGUGGGUGGGGGUGUUGGUGGUGCAGAGCUAGCACUACAGGCGUCCGCAGCCAUGGAUGAAACCAGCAAAGCAGCACAAGCUGUAUAAUCGCCCUCCCCCCCCUGUCCUCCCCAAAUCCCAGUCUCGCCCCUUCCAUGUCCCUCCCCACUCCCAUCCCUCCCCAUGAUGGACCUUGGCCGUGAAGUGAAGACGAGGGUUGGUUCAGAGGAAAGAAAAAAAGAAAAAGCCCAGCCCAGCCCACACAUCCACCACCCACCAGUCAGUUGUUGUGUUUGCAAAACUUCAAUUCAAUCCAUUCAAAUACUGUGAUGUAUAGAUGCCUUAAUGUGUUAUUGCAUGACACUCUAGUCUGUUAGCGGCAGUUCCUACUAUUUUUCAUAGUUGGGGGAAGAUGGAAAAUCUUGAUUUACUCACACACAGACACUCACUCACGCACCCACACACACAUAUACACACACUCACCCACACACACACACAAGCGUGAAGAGGUCUGCGUAUCAACAACCUCUGCCUGGUGGAUGGCUCCGAGACUUUAAGCUCUUCAACUCAGACCUCUUGAAAAGAGGCUUUCCCAUGUCAAACGAUUCACUGUGUACACCAUAGGAACAAAAAAUUGUGAAUUCAGAGUGUGUCUUCUUCCGUUUGAUUUCAGUUUACUGUGAUAAGACUCUUUGUUCAUAAAAUAUGUUGACUUUGUUUAUUCUUUACUGCUACUUACUUCAAGAAUUAAUCUAAACACUUUCAGUAAGAGUUGAGAACUCUUAAUGCGGUUUUCAAAAAACACUAAAUGGCUUGAGAUUGGACCCCUCAUUAAAGAAUUUGCAACUCCUUUACAAAAGGAUUUAAAAAGACGGAGAAUAAGAAAAUCUCGAUAGAGGCAAGUGCAAUUGAAUUUUUGAAGGGAAGUUAUCAGUCUGUCAGCCCUAAGACUCUAAAGGAAGGGGGAUAAAUAUUAAAUUGUUUUAUGGGUAAAAUGUUUAAGGAAACAUUUCAAUUUGAUUUCAGUCAUAUAUCCGUCUCCUCACAUGAGAAAAACAUCAAGCGUAAAAGGCAUUUGAAGGCAAGCACUAAGCUACCUGUGCAGCGCUGAGCAAAACCAGCACUUCUUUUGAGCCCUUCC